AUGACGAAGGCUCCCUUCUCUGUAGAGUGGCUUUCUCAGAGCAGCCGGGCUACUAAUCCUGCUUGGAGUGGCACCGAAAUCAAGCAGGCCGCCUCUUCCACCUUCCCCGAGGGCUUCCAGCCUCUGGAGGGACGUUCCUUCUCCAACACAAAGCCCGCGCAGAGAGCUCUAGGUCAGAGCGACGUUUCCCGAGGCCAGGAACAUCGCCCUUCUCUCCAGAAGCACGUUGAGUCCUCCUCGACAGUCCGGACAUCAUUAGCCGCUCCCAAACCGGCGUGGAGCACUUCAGAGUGUGGUUCGGACGGCGAAGGAAGCCUCUCAGAGCGCCAGACUUCCGAAGACGCCGGAGGCAGAAGCACGAGCACCCGCCGCUUGCGUACCGCUUUUAGCUUGGAGCAGAUCAGCACCCUGGAGAGCUCCUUUAAGAGGCAAAAGUACUUGGGCGCGGCAGAGAGGCGCAAACUGGCCAAUAAAAUGCAGCUCUCAGAAGUGCAGAUCAAGACUUGGUUCCAGAACCGGCGGAUGAAACUGAAACGGCAGCUACAGGAGAUGAGACCAGAUCCCUUCCAUGCAGCUCAAUUUUAUAGUCCCCUCCCUUUUGGACCUCAGAGUGGGCCCCUCUCCUAUGUUUACUCACCUCACCAGCAGACUUUCAGCAGGAAGGAGGCUGUUCCUUCUGGCAUUGCCUUCCCUCCAAUGCCCCCUCUCAGCCUGGAUCCCAUGAACACCUCUGGAGGACAGCUGGGUGCUCUUUGGCCAAUGCAAGUGCCUUAUUAUGUGGGAUACCAAGACCCUAGAACUGUCUUCUUGACCCUCUGA